UGUUGUUUCCUCGGGAGCUGAGCUCGGAGCCACGUUGAACCAGCCGUUUCCUCCAGUGCUAUGACAGGCAAACUACUGGAGAAGCUGCCGGGGACCAUGAACACUUUGAUGAACCAAUUGCCUGACAAUCUGUACCCAGAGGAGAUCCCCAACUCUUUGAAUAUCUUCUCCAGCAGCAGCGACUCGGUGGCUCACUACAACCAGAUGGCUGCAGAUAAUGUUAUGGACAUUGGCUUAGCGAACGAAAAGGCCGGUCAGGAACUGUCCUCCUAUUCGGGGACUUUUCAGCCCGCCCCGGGGAACAAGACUGUCACCUACCUGGGGAAAUUCGCCUUCGACUCGCCCUCCAACUGGUGCCAGGACAACAUCAUCAGCCUGAUGAGCGCCGGCAUCCUGGGGGUGCCACCGUCCUCGGGCGCUCUCACCAGCACGCAGAGCUCGGCGGGCAGCAUGGGGCCGCCGCAGGGCGAGGUGGACCAGAUGUACCCCGCGCUGCCGCCCUACUCCUCCUGCAGUGACCUCUACCCGGAGCCCGUCUCCUUCCACGACCCCCAGAGCAACCCCGGCCUCACCUACUCCCCCCAGGAUUACCAGGCGGCCAAGCCUGCCUUGGACAGCAACCUCUUCCCCAUGAUCCCAGACUAUAACCUCUACCACCAUCCCAACGACAUGGGCACCAUCACGGAGCACAAACCCUUCCAGAGCUUGGACCCCAUCCGCGUCAACCCGCCCCCCAUCACCCCGCUGGAGACCAUCAAGGCCUUCAAGGACAAGCAGAUCCACCCGGGUUUCGGGGGGCUGCCGCAGCCGCCCCUCACCCUCAAGCCCAUCCGACCCCGCAAGUAUCCCAACCGGCCCAGCAAGACGCCGCUCCACGAGCGGCCCCACGCCUGCCCCGCCGAGGGUUGCGACCGCCGCUUCUCCCGCUCCGACGAGCUCACCCGCCACCUCCGCAUCCACACGGGCCACAAGCCCUUCCAGUGCCGCAUCUGCAUGCGGAGCUUCAGCCGCAGCGACCACCUCACCACCCACAUCCGCACCCACACCGGCGAGAAACCCUUCGCCUGCGAGUUCUGCGGCCGCAAGUUCGCCCGCUCCGACGAGCGCAAGCGGCACGCCAAGAUCCACCUCAAGCAGAAGGAGAAGAAGGCCGAGAAGGGCUCGGCCGGGCAGCCCCCCGCCGCGCCCCCCGCCGCCACCGCCACCGCCACCUCGCCCCCCGUCGCCCUCGCCCCCGCCGUCACCACGUGCGCUUGA